GGGCAGAGCGCCGGCGAGGCUGCGCUGGGGCGGCAGCACAGCUGCAGCCGAGCGGCGGCCGCUGCCCUUCGCCUCCCGCCUCGCUGCGGCCGCCGCCGCUGCCCCGUUCCCGCCUUCGCCGUCAGGCAGCGCGCGCGGCGCCUCACGGCGGCGGCCGGGCGGGGCGGGCCCGGCAUGGCGGCGGCGGCGGCGGCGGCUGCGGGCCGGGCGUGGGCGCUGCGAGCGGCCUGGCGAGGGUUUGCUCCUGUGGCAGUGAGAGGGAGCUGCAGCUCCUACUCCAGCCUGGCAUGGGCUUUCCAGACACGGUGCUCCCUCAAUGCCCCCUGGACUGGCACAGUCGAGCAGUGCAGGAAGAGCAGUUUCUUCAAUACCUUGACAGCUGAUCAGCUGUGGAAAGGAGCUUUGGCAGAGACUGGCGUGGGAGUCAAGAAAGGAAGAGGAAAGAAAAGGAAGAAGAAGUUAAGGAAGAAUCUCAAUAGAGGCCAGGAGAUUGGUGAAGGGCGCUCUGGUUUCCUCUGGCCUGGCCUUAAUGCUCCUGUGCUGCAAACUGGGAAAGUGCAGGAAGUGUCCCAGCGAAAGAAAGAAGAGCGAGACAGAAUCCAGAGUGAAAUUAUUCAGCAGAGGGAUACAUGGGAGAAGAGAAGGAAAAUAAAAAUCAAGAGAGAGGGAGGAUGGAGUGGGAAGUGUUGGGGAGGUAUCCUUCUGGAUCCUCCUGACCCUGGUCCUAAUGGAGAAACCUACGAAGAUUUUGAAGCAAGAGUCAUCGAGGUGAGAAAUGUGUUUUGCAUGAAGGCAAAGGAAGGCAGGAAGAAAUCAGUGCGUGCCUUAGUGGCUGUUGGGAAUGGCAAAGGGGCUGCAGGUUUUGCAAUAGGGAAGGCAGUUGACAGGACAAAUGCUUUAAGGAAGGCAAAGAACAAAGCAAUAAGCUGCUUACAGUUUAUAGACAUGUAUCAGAACCACACAAUUUACCAUGACAUUUCUGUGAAAUUUAAAAGGACAAAAAUCCGCAUGAAGAAACAAAACAAAGGGUAUGGGCUGCACUGCCACCGAGCCAUUAUCACCAUCUGCAGGCUAAUUGGCAUUAAGGACAUGUAUGCCAAGGUCACUGGGUCUAAAAACUUGAUUAACAUCACCAGAGCCCUCUUCAGAGGCUUGACCAUGCAGGAGACUCACCAGCAGCUGGCCAACCAGAAGAGCCUCUACGUGGUGGAGUUCCGGGAGGAGCAGGGCCCCCUGCCCAUCGUGGUGGCCCUGCCCCAGGGGACAGUCCGUGAGGAGCCGGAGCCCGAGGAUGAGGUUCCAAACACGCCGCUGGAGUGGAGGGAGGUGAAGGAGGCCCAGGGCAUGCUGAAAUCCCCCUGGGCCGGUGUCAGGCGGGCGGCGUGCUGACGGCCUCGGGCGCGCUGCGGCUGCGGCUGGGAAACCUGCCUCAGGACAGGGGUCCAGGACAGGGCAGCAGGAGCUCUGCCCUGCCACCCAGGGCACUGCUGCCGUCCAGGAGCACUGUUUGCUUUCCCACAACUCCCCUGAGCGCUGUCCCAGUGGGAAUGUUCAGGUGGGAACACCCAGUGAAGGUGUCUUUGGCUUCAAGCAUGCAUUUAGUCCAUUCCAGAAGAUGGUUUGGAAUCAGGAGCUCCCAUGUUUCUUUCACAAGCUCUUGGGAAACUGUUGAAAACAUGAGAUUGUAACAGCAAUAAAGAAUCACCAGAGUGGGUUUA